CGACCACUUUAACACGUUUAUGAAAAUGACACCCAGCAAGCUCGAAUGUUCUAGAGGUUGGCAAAACACAGCUACAAACCUCCUGGGCGAAAAAAGAAGCAGCAUGUGCAAAAAUGUUUUGCAUCAACGUUCAAUUUUAGGUCGUAGUAACACAUACUGCAUUAUUACUCCUCCCGCAACGUUUGCUUAUGGAAUCAAGAACGUUAAGAACUGUGGUGUUCCAGAUGCAUUAUGUUGGAGUGAUGACACAAACAUUCGUCGGAAAUCCAAAGAUCAUAUGUACUUAACACGAGACUUUAUAGCUCUCAAUUGUGAUAGCGUAAGGCAUGGCGUGACGACAAGCAGAGAAAUGACACAUUUCAGAGCACUGCAUGAUAGACUAAGGCGGAAGCAGGCAAAAAGCAAACCCAGAAGUGAAUCACCUAAACCAUACUUGGAAAUUACCCAUGGAGUCCCGAACAAAGCUUCUACACCUAUCGAAGAAAUCAUCUCACACAAAUAUCAGAAGGACUGGAUAGAUACGCAGAUGAGAAAAGCAACCGACAGAGAAACGAGAGGAAGUGCAGCCAGGAGCAUGCCAAGAAAUAUUCGCUACGCUGAAACAGAGGCAACACUCAGGAGAAAUUGCAUGAAAAAAGACAAGGAAGAAAGCUUUUGGAAACUGAAGGAAUUCGAGCAAAAGACCUUUCACGGUAUAUACAAGACAAGAGUGAUGGCAUUUAUGCAAUAACACAAUGCCCAAUGAAGCUAUGGCUCAUCGGUUGAGGGAGACGACUUUCAACCAUUUGGUCACGAGAUCGAACCCUGCUCCAUCUACCAAGGUUUCAGCAGUCAGAUAGUAUCACUAGCUCUCACACAACAGGCUGUUGGAAGGUUAAACACAUUUAGAAAUGAAGAAUGUCGAAAACAAUCGUUAUUAAUGCAUAAAAAUAACAAGAUUUCACGUGUUGGACUAUAUGGUCAAGGGAUUCAACGUACUGGUGAGUGUGCAUGAAACACAAUGCUUCUCAUACUAUACAACAAUAAAAAUUGUUAAUUAGGAAACAGAAUAUACGUACACUGUAGACAAUCAAAUAAUUAUUUACCCUAAAAUACAAUUGGUUUUUAAUAUAAUCUUAACUUUUCUACAUAAUUAUAACCUGACAAGUACAAUCAUCCAUUUACAGAUUCUGAACCUUAUCCAACAGAUGUUGAUUAUUUGGACAGUAAGAUUACUGGUAGCCUAGGUAAAUAGAUAUAUACUUGGUUAUUCAAUCAUAUUUCAUCUAACCUUAGUGUUUGUCUCAUAUCAUCAUUCAUCAUCAUUAUCAACAUAGGAC